AUGAACCGGGAUCGUAGAGUUGGAGAUCCACGUUUCGAUCCGUUGCAUCUGCUUCAUCCAUGUCAAUGUGGAAUGUUCAACACACGGGCUCAAGUGGGCUUGCCUGGAUUACGUUGUGAUCUAGCUCGUUCUAAACCUGUGAAAAAUUUGUAUGAAUUAGCAAAUGUAGCCUCCAUUGCAUUGCACCCUCACUGGGGAGAUGACCGCAAGGAAACCGAACUCCUCAAUAAGGAUUCGCGUUAUCUCACGAUACAUGGGCUUGCUACAGCGAUUCAAGCUCACGCCAAAUUCUGCUACAAAUUUGCUUCUGCGGUGAAAGAAAAGGAAGGCGUCGAGCUGUCGCAUCCACCACUGUUCACGACCAAUCCAGGAUAUGACAUCGAGAUGUACUAUCGAAUGGCCAUGGCUCGAAGAGCGCAAAUCACGUCUCAGUCGCCGGAUGAUAUGCCAGGAAACCCCAUCUUGAUGGCUCUUCCGCGUCACUUCGGCAGGGUUCUUACUGAGAUCGUAGAGCCGCCGACAGUGAAGUUCAUUGUCUACUCACAUUUCGGUGAUCUCGCGGAGCAGUUGCAGAAGCAAAGCAUCUCUUCAGCAUUCAUAUGGAUCUGGCUUAUUCCUGAAGUGCCCAACACCCAGCACAUGCUCCUCGUACAGCAUGCAGUGGAAAGACAUCUUCAAUGUGGAGGUACUAUGGAAUUGUUCCCUCCACCCUUUGAACUCAGCCGCGAAGAUGACUGGAGGCACAUCGGCACCGUCGCACACAUCGCCUCAAAUGUACUGGUACUUCCGACGUUCGAAGUCAAGCGAAGGCAGAAGAUCGAAGACGCAUCGCUGUAA